AUGCCUCGGUCUAUAAGCACAUCCUCGAGUCUCAUGUAUUCUAAGAAAGAUCAAAGGUUAUACGUUCCAACUCCUGGAUCAGAUUACUUGUACUCCUUGGAUCCUAACUCCAAGGAGAAUGACCAUCCCGAGUUCGUUGACAUGUUUCCUGACUAUCUUCCUGAAGAGCAUUUGGAUCACGAUGUGGACGAGAUGAACUCGUGUGCCACAACAGUCCACUUUGUGGAUGCAGCUUCAGGCGAACAAUUCUUCGUCAAAUGGUUCUUUAAGGACCAGCUUGAGAUAGACAUUGGAGACUUCUGUAUCUUUCUUGGACAAGGUGAACCUUUUUGUGUUUAG